CCCAUCAGUCAUCAGCUAAUAGCGGCCAUGAAUUUCUAAUUUAUUAAAUGCUCGAACGAUUGUAAAACGAAUCCUUCAACAAAAUCGUACUUCAGUUGUUAAUAACCUUUGCGAGAGUGCAAAAGUACGGUCAACAGCAACAGCACUCGAUUCCCAUGCCGGCAAUGAAGAAAGCGGCAGCAGUGCCCCGUUGGUACUUAUAUACUUAUUACUUUGCUUCACUUAUCGGCCUAGCCGGAUUUCGCGUGGACUUUAAGGAACGUCGCAUCCGCCGUUGUACGCUCAUGCAAAUCUACGCCUGUACAUUGAACACCCUCACUGUCUGCUUUUUACCGCUAGCCUACAACACCGCCUUGAAGUUUUUGGACCACCUCAAUGAUAAUCACUUGAUGAAAAUUGUUAAUAGUGUUAACACAGUGCAGAUAUUUUUUAUAACUUCGCUGGGUUUAAUUUUUCGUUGGAAACGUGAAAAUACAAUUUUCGAAAUUCUAACGCAGAUACUCGAUUUGGAGCGUCGAUUUUUCGAGAAAUGCGUACCCCAAACGGUAAAAGCGUAUUGCAGACAAUUGCACGGCAACCGGCUACUUUGGCUAAAAUACUUCAGCGUGGUCACUCAAAUCGUUUACACAUUGGUUAAUCUGGUUUAUUUUAUGCCCAAAAUUAGCAUUACCUGGCUUUUAUACUCUGCACACAUGUUUUUGUUGAUCAGCAUGCUGCUGCAUAUGAUACUCCAUUACUUUCUCGCAAUGUGGUAUUUGUGGAAGCGUUUUUCUUGGUUAAAUGCUCAACUUCGGCGCAUUUUCAAUUUCCUUCGACUUUUGGAGGCUCACAGACUUCUUGGGGACGGCUUGGCGAGCGACGCGCAAAGACGUUUGGCAGGCGAGUUGUUGGACGUCACACGUGUGCAUUAUCAGCUCACUCAAUUUGCCGAGCAUCUCACCAAAUGCUUUCGUCUUGAAAUAAUGGGAGUGUUAUUUAGCAAAAUCAUCAACAACAUCUCCAUCGGUUAUUUAUGCUUGAAGUAUAAUAAUAACUCCUAUUUGAAAAGCCUUAGUGUGGUCUUUCAGAUGUUUAGUUUAAUGGCGAUUAUUAUCACACUCUCAGAUUCAUACCUUUUGGAUAUACUCUGUGAGCGCGUUGUUGGUGCGUCGCAUGAAGCCGCCGAAGUGUUGAAACGCUUCGAUGAACUGUUUGAGUUGGACGACGCAGUGGAAUAUGCGUUUUUUCCAGUGCAGUAUAUUCUCGCAGCAUUUGAGGCAACAUAAACUGAAAAUUAACAUCUUCGGCAUGAUGAAUGUGAAUAAGCGGCUUUCCUUCUUAGUUUUUGGCGGUUUCGUGAAAAAUGUUUUACUUCUUUUGCAAUGGGACUUAGCGAAGCAGUUCGAAGUAUGAGAAACCUGUCUUUUAAUUGAAAAUUCCCAAAAAUAAAAAUAUUCAUAAUAAAGCUCUCAACUUUUGCUCUUUCAAUAAAACCGUGCUUU